AUGACUGCAGUUGUCCAGAGGCCCUUGAAAGGUUCCAGGAGGUCCCAUUUUUACCCAGACAAGUCGCUCCCAUCGCUCUCGUCUCUCGACAGCGCGUUCCAGCUUCAGGAAUACAUUUCGCUCCUGAUUCGAUUGGACGUUCAUGACGUCGAGGCCAUCGUCUCUGAGGGCGAGAAGGAAUCAAAGAACGACUUCGCCGUUGACAAGGCGUGCUGGAUCUACGAACAGUUGCGGCGACUCGCGCAGGAUCUCUCAUAUCCGCUCAUUACGCUGCUUCAGCAAGAAUGCACGCGGACGACAUGUCCAGAAAUGAAAGCAGGCGAGUGGCAGUACCUCUGCGUAGCCCAUGGCACCGAUGGCGCCAUGGAGCAAUGCUGUGCCAUCGACUAUAUCCUACACACCAUAGACAGCGCGACCGGGCUCCUCAAUUCACCGAGGGCAUUCCCGUCUCGAAUCUCCAUCCCCUCGGCCUCGCACCGCCACUUCAACUCCCUCGCGCGGCGCCUCAGCCGCAUCUUCGCACACGCCUAUUUUCACCACCGCGAGGUUUUCGAGCAGGCCGAGGCCGACUCGUCACUCUACGCCCGCUUUCUUGCACUCAUCGACAAAUUCGACCUCGUCCCGCGCGAGUUCCUAGUCAUUCCU